CGCCAGAGCCAGCUACACGCACUCACAUCACCACCACCACACGCACUCACGGAAGGAUGGGGAAGAAAGGCAAGGGGAGGAACGGUAAAGGUGGCGGCGGUGUUACCCAGGAUGAUCAGGAAGCCCUGUUGGCCAGCCAAUCUGACAGGCUGAGCGUUAACUCGGAUGCCCCACCGCGGUAUCAGGAAUCCCCAGACCUUGUUGUCAACGGCAAAGGCAACGACGGCGCGGACACAGACAAGGCUGAUUUCAGCAUCACACCCAACAACGACGAAGAUGCAGCCCCUGUGAUGACCAUCCACGAGGCCUUUGAACGCAUCGGCUAUGGAUGGCAGCAGAUCCGGGUCAUCAUCAUCUGUGGUCUUUGCUUUUGCACUGACAGCAUCGAGGUUGGCUUGUUGACGUUCUUGCAAGUGGAGGCAAAGAAGGAUUUCAACCUCACAGAUGUGCAGGAGUCCACGCUGACGGCGGUAGUGUUUGCGGGCGAGCUGUUGGGGGCCGUGUUCUGGGGUCCGUUUGCAGACCGGUGUGGACGAAAGCGAGGCUCAUUCUUUCCCGCGCUUUUGGUCACCGUCGCCGGCUUGUCAAGCGCGUUCUCCGUGGACUACUACAUGCUGGUGACGCUUCGCUUCAUUGUUGGCGUUGGCAUUGGCGGGAUGGGCGUUCCCUUUGAUCUCCUGGCAGAGUUUAUGCCCCCAAGCAUCCGCGGAAAGGCCUUGCUUGGCAUUGAGUUUUUCUGGACGUUUGGGACGCUGUUUGUGAACGGGCUUGCGUGGAUUAUGCUUGAUGACCUUGGCUGGCGCUACCUCGUUGGCUUCUGCUCUGUUCCCGUCACCAUUGCGAUGAUCUCGUUCCCCUUCCUCCCCGAGUCGCCCCACUGGCUGCUGCUGAUGAACCGACCAGAUGAAGCCCUGAAGGUGCUGCAUAAGGCCGCAAAGCUCAACAAGAGGCCAGAUGCUCUCCCCGCGCACACGCGUCUUGUGCUCUCCCACGAGCCACAGCCUGAGGACGGCAAGACGUACGAGAUUGCAGACUCCACAGCCCUGCUUACAGAAACUGGCGACGCUGGCGGUGACGAUAUGCCGACAGGCAGCGAGGUGUCACCGCUCAUGCUGUUCGACAAGAACAACCGCAUGACCACCAUCAUGCUGUGGGCCGUCUGGGCCACCUCCGGCUUCACGUACUACGGCACGGUGAUCAUUGCGCCCGAGUUCUUCGCGAGCCAGGGCGGCAACUCCACGUCGCAUGACAACAGCACCAUCCACCCGCACCAGCCCAACGGCACGCACACGGGCGGCGGCAGCAAGGACUUUGACUACCCGGCGCUGUUCACAACGGGCGCAGCGGAGGUGAUUGGGUGCAUCCUGGCCUUCCUCAUCAUCGAGCGUGUUGGGCGCAAGAUCAUAUCGGGGACGGGCUAUCUUGUCAGCGGCAUUUUCAUGGUGCUGCUCACCAUCCCUGUGCCGCGCGCCCUUGGUGUGUUCAUGGUCAUGGUGUGCCGUGCAAGCAUCCUGAUUGGCACGAGCGUGACGUGGGUCAUGACGCCUGAGCUGUACUCCACGCACGUGCGCGCUGCUGGCCACAGCUGGUGCAAUGCCAUGGCGCGUGUGGGCGCGUUUUCGGCGCCGUAUUGGGGCGACGCCUCUGCAAUCGCGUUUCACGUGCGUUUGAUUCUGUUCGGGGCGAUGAACGGCGUUGCGGCGCUGGCGUCCUAUCUCAUUCCAAAGGAGACGCGAGGCCUCGUGCUCGACUAGACGCAAUCUCGCACUGACGACGAUGUCUGUGUGUGUGCGUGUGUGUGUGUGUGUGUGUAUGCGUGUGUGUAUGCGCGGCGUGUGUGUGUGUGCGUGUCUGUGUGUGUGGUGCAUUGGCUUGGCCGUGUGACCAUUGCUGUACUCGUUGAUUGUCCUUAACAAAUGCACAGAAAGGGCUGUGUAGACAACCGUGUGCUCUGCUUGCUUGCCUGUUUCGUGUGCUUCGCGGCUUUUUCAUGCCACAUCCUGACAUGUCUGGCGUUUGUCUUGUAGCUGUAGCUUCUCUCCACAUCUUUUGCCUCUUGCCUUUGGCCACUCCUUCUCUCCUGUGUUGCUGCCCCUUGUAUCGAAACUGUGUUGCUGCCCCUUGUAUCGAAACUGUGUUGGCUGCCGCUGCUUUGCUUGCAGUCGUGCAGCCACCACUGUAGUCAACGUGCGCAUGUGUCUGUGUGCGUUUGGUCGGGCUGUGUGUUUGUGCCUGCUUUGUUUGAAUGCCGGUAGGCUGGUGGAUUGGAUUAUUGAUUUGAUUUGCCGUGCUGGUCUCAACUUGUUUGCUCUUUGCCGUGCUGUCUUUCCCCCAUGCUUGCAUGCGUGCUCGCGCGCGUAUGGACCAAUGAAACGAUGAACAAAG